GGGAAGGGCUACGUGAGUAACUCAGUGACACUGAGGCUGAGUCCAUCUCCCACUCCUCAGCUGGAGUCUGGCGCGGCUGCACAACAGGAAAUGCCGGACUUGUCUUGAUAGGACACAGAGCUCACUCUCACACACCCCCUCGUCAAGUCAGCCUUCCUCCCUCUUUCUUUCUCUCUCACUCACUCACUCUCUCUCUCUCUCUGUACUCAGUAUACUCCUCCCUCGCCCUCACCAAAACAUCUCAUUUUUGCAUGUAGCAACAGGCUAAGCCAGGGCAGGGAGAGGAGGGAAAAAAAGAGAAGAAUAACGUUCAAAGUUCCCACCCUGCUCUUAGACUGAAAGAGGCAAGUGACUGCAGUGACUGCACCGAGGGAAAGGUAAAAAGGAACUGAGCCCAGCAUUUGAACACCGUUAAGUUCCAGGCAUGCCGUGGACUGGAACUAUGCGACUAUCUCCUCUGAGCAUCUGAAUAGGACCGGUGAGCAAACAAAGGCUGUCAAAUGGAAAGGAGCUCUCCGGCUCCAACAAUGCCCAGUCACUGAGGCACUCCGCUGGAGAGACUCUCUUCCCUUUCCUGCCUGGGUGGCAAAGAUUGUCAGUCAAGUGCCCAGUCGAUCUUCCAAACCGCUGCUGUGGUCAACUUGGAAAACCCGAGGCCAUGGACCUGACCCUGUGGCAGUACCAGUUCCGCAUCAUCAUGCUGGGCGACUCCACGGUGGGCAAGUCGUCCAUGCUGAAGCGCUACACGGAGGACCUGUUCAUGGAGUGCCUCAACCAGACGGUCGGAGUGGACUUCUACGUGCACUUCCUGGAGGUGGAGCCCAACGUGCGGGUCAAGCUGCAGUUCUGGGACACCGCGGGCCAGGAGAGGUUCAGGUCAGUGACACGUUCCUACUAUCGCAACUCUGUGGGCGGACUGCUUGUGUUCGAUCUGGGGAACCGGACCUCGUUUGAGCACAUCCAGGAAUGGUAUCAAGAGGUGCGCGAGCACGUGCAGCCUCACACCGUGCUCUUCGUGCUGGUGGGUCACAAGAGCGACUGCAAGGAGGAGGCAGGGGUGCGCACCGUCAGCAAAGAGGAGGCUGAGAAGCUCGCCGGUAGCUUGGGCAUGCCGUACGUGGAGGCGUCGUCCAAGACGGGCGAGAACGUGGCGGCCGCCUUCGAGCUGGUGACACGGCGCGUCUACCAGGGCCUGCUUAGUGGCGAGGUGCAACUCCGAGACGGUUGGGACGGGGUCAAAAGUUCGGCGCCCCGGCGGCACCCCUCGCAGCUGGCUGACACUGGGGGGUCCGCCAAACAGGACAAGAAGUGCGCCUGCUAGGGUACCACAACAGGCCAAAAUGGGAGUAAGACCUGUGGAUGUUUUAGCAGAUCCC